AUGUUGUGGGAUCAGUUUGGUUUAAACAAGAUGAGAAGUAGUAUAUUCGGCUCAUUGAGAAGAUCGCAACAAGCGCACGAGAACGAGAAGCAAAAGGAUGAUCCACAAAUAUCGCAAACAACUACGACCACAGUCCCCAAGGUGGCCAUUUUUACCGUCGACGAUGAUGAUACGGCUGAGCACAGCUGGACUUCCAUUGAUCUCGAGUCUGGAUACGACGAUCGAGCCAUCAUUAAUAUGCACAAUCAUUGCAAUGUGCCUCAUCACCUGAUCAGGGAUCCACUACCUCGGCUCGAACACUAUCGCACGUCGCAAAAAGCCAUUCGUCGGCCCUCGAUGGGUGAGCUUCAUGGCGAUCUGGACGAGGAAACCUCGGAAACGAACAAGAUGGACGAUCAACUUUCAGCUGGAGAAGGGCACGGUAUUCGGCUCGGUUGGAUCCAGGGGGUGUUGAUUCCGUGUCUGCUCAACAUCUGGGGUGUGAUGCUGUUUUUGCGACUCAGCUGGAUCGUGGCGUUGGCAGGAAUUCUCGAGACAUUGCUCAUCAUAGGUUUGUCGUAUCUUGUAUGUGUGAUAACGACAUUGUCUCUGUCGGCGAUGUGCACAAACGGUCAGGUGAAGGGAGGAGGCAUCUACUACCUGAUUUCGCGCUCGUUGGGUCCAGAAUUUGGCGGUGCUGUCGGUAUAGUGCUUGCCGUUGCAAACUCUGUGUCGGCUUCGAUGAACACGAUCGGGUUCUGUAGCUCACUCAACCAGCUACUUGGUAGCUUUGGGGCGAAAAUCAUCGACGGUGGAAUCAACGACAUGCGUAUUGUCGGCACGGUGACAAUUGUCGUGAUUGUGAUCAUCUGUGCCGUCGGUAUGGACUGGGAAACAAAAGUUCAAAAUAUUCUCGUAAUCGUCAUAGCGCUCGCCAUUAGCGCAUUUGUCCUGGGGGUGUUAUUAGGCCCUCAAACGGACGCCGACCGUGGGAAAGGAUUCGCUGAUCUAUCCCGUGAGCGGUUUGUCGAUAACCUUGGCCCUGACUAUCGUUUUAGCGAGGGCAUCGAACAGGACUUUUUCAGUGUGUUUGGGAUAUUCUUCCCGAGCGUGACGGGAGUGCAGGCGGGAGCCAACAUUUGCGGAGAGCUCAAGGAUCCUGCCAUGGCCAUACCGAAGGGUACGUUGCUGGCUUUACUCAUAUCCGGUGUCUCGUACGUCGCUUUUGUGCUGUUGGCCGGAUCAACUAGCUUUCGUGACGCCUCGGGCAAUUUGACGGAUCUAGUGAACGGCACCUUCGCCACGUGUGCGAGAUCGUUUCCUGAGGAGAAACCGUGCCAAUACGGACUGCACAACGAUUUCGACAUUAUGCAGCUAAUGUCCAUUUCUGGUGCCGUUGUUUAUGCAGGGUGUUUUGCCGCAACACUCUCCACGGCCCUCACGAAUCUGCUAUCAGUUCCACGAAUCAUUCAAGCUCUGGGAACCGAUCGGCUGUAUCCUGGAUUAACGUUUCUUGCCAAAGGAUACGGUAAACGCAACGACCCGUAUCGCAGCUAUGCACUGGUACUCUGCGUUUCGGUGCUGUUCGUACUGAUCGCCAAUCUCAACAUGAUCGCACCACUCAUUUCCAACUUUUAUCUUGCGUCGUAUGCACUGAUAAAUUUUUGCACGUUCCAUGCCGCCACCGUUAAACCGACCGGCUGGCGACCGACCUUCCGAUUCUACAAUCAAUGGGUUAGCCUGUCUGGGACGAUCCUGUGCGUUCUGAUAAUGUUUCUGAUCGACAUCAUAUCUACCGGACUCACGAUGGUACUGAUUUUUGUGAUGUAUCUAGUCGUUAUCUACCGCAAGCCGGAUGUCAACUGGGGCUCGACGACUCAAGCUCAAACCUACAAGAGUGCUCUCUCAGCCGCGCUUAAGUUGCAAUGCGUUGGUGAUCACGUAAAAAACUACCAUCCAUCGGUGCUGGUGCUGAGUGGAAUGCCCGCCAAUCGGCCCGCUCUAAUCGAUCUAGCUCAUCAAAUCACAAAAAACCAAGCGCUCCUGAUCGUAGGUGAUGUGGUAAGAGAGCGCCUUUCCCAUCGUAAACGGGAACUUCGAUUAAACGACAGUCGUGCAUUCAUGGAGCAGCGUAAAAUUCACGGAUUUUACCAGCUUAUCGAUGGCAUUGGUAUGAAGGAAGGUGUACGAGCGUUGAUGCAGUCGUCUGGUGUCGGCAAAUUAUCGGCGAAUAUCGUUCUGCUAGGAUAUAAAGCCGACUGGAUGCGGUGUUCCGAAGAGGACCUUCAAACUUACUACAAUGUUUUAAAUGAUGCAUUCGAUAGUCGAAUGGCUUUGGCAAUUUUGCGACUAUCAGAUGGGCUUGAUUUUUCUCAUCUCGUUCCUGAAAGCACCGCGGAGGAUUCUUCCGCUAUGAGCGUCAAUGAAUCCACCUCGAGUCUGCAACAAAUCGUAGAUGGCCGCUUAUCCCCUCGCCAGCUGAUGUAUGUUGAUUCCAGUCUGAGAAUUCAUGUAGAUAGCAGGAAGAAAGGUAGUCGAACUUUUUCGAGGUGUGACGAUACAAGAAACAGCUCUACCAACGUGAGCAGGAAAAGCAGUUCUGACGAUCCGCUGGAAACUGUACAUCCAAUGAACAUGUUUCAACGAAAGCAAACCAACGGCACAAUCGAUGUCUGGUGGCUGUACGAUGAUGGCGGUCUUACGAUACUCAUUCCAUACAUCUUAUCGAUGCGAUCCAAAUGGACUCGAUGCAAAGUGCGCGUGUUUGCACUCACCAAUCAACAGAAGGAACUGGAAAUCGAACGGCGAAACAUGGAGCAUCUCUUAGCAAAGCUGAGAAUUGACUACUCCUCACUGAUCAUGCUGCAUGACGUGAUGAAACCUCCUCAGCCGAGCACAGUGUCAUUACAUCAACAACUGUUGAAGAGCUUGGAAAGUGACCCGACCAAGGUCCACCCGCCUGAACUAAGCAUCUCCGAGCAGAUAGCGCUAGACGAAAAGACCCAUCGGCAGCUGCGCUUGAGAGAAAUGAUUCUAGAACAUUCGGCUGAUGCACGGCUAAUCGUUAUGUCAAUGCCGAUGCCAAGAAUGGGAACUGUCUCGGCAUCCCUGUACAUGUCAUGGCUGGAAAUUCUUACGAAAGAUAUGGCACCGAUGCUGCUAGUACGAGGAAAUCAAACAUCUGUGUUGACCUUCUAUUCGUAGAAUACGCGGAUUAACCCUACCGUGGUAAUGUAAGUAAUAAACUAAA